AAAGUGGUGUUUCUAUAAAGUUACUUUUUCCUAGAUCGUUAUACAGCAAAAUAAGUAAAAAUGGCGACCGCAGUGGAUUCUGUUAGAGAAAAAGCUCUUCAAGAUUAUAGAAAAAAGUUAUUGGAGCACAAGGAGGUGGAAUCUCGCCUCAAAGAGAUGCGAGAGCAUCUCAAGGAUCUUACAAAGCAAUAUGACAAAUCAGAAAAUGAUCUAAAAGCUUUACAAAGUGUUGGUCAGAUUGUGGGGGAAGUUUUAAAACAACUCACGGAAGAAAAGUUUAUUGUAAAAGCUACAAAUGGACCACGUUACGUUGUUGGAUGUAGACGUCAGUUGGAUAAAAAUAAACUUAAAUCUGGAACUCGAGUUGCUCUCGACAUGACGACACUGACUAUAAUGCGUUACUUACCCCGUGAAGUUGAUCCACUCGUUUAUAACAUGUCUCACGAAGAUCCGGGAGACGUGACAUAUUCCGCGAUUGGUGGUUUGAGUGAACAAAUUCGCGAAUUGAGAGAGGUAAUCGAGUUACCACUUUUAAAUCCAGAACUUUUCCAAAGAGUGGGAAUUACACCGCCAAAGGGUUGUUUACUUUACGGACCACCAGGAACGGGUAAAACAUUACUGGCCAGAGCUGUGGCAAGUCAGUUAGAUGCAAAUUUCUUAAAAGUCGUUUCAAGUGCGAUUGUUGACAAAUACAUCGGUGAAUCCGCCCGAUUAAUUAGAGAAAUGUUCAACUAUGCUCGUGAUCAUCAACCGUGCAUUAUAUUUAUGGAUGAAAUUGAUGCGAUCGGUGGACGUAGAUUUUCCGAAGGUACAAGUGCAGAUCGUGAAAUACAACGAACGCUGAUGGAACUCUUGAAUCAAAUGGACGGCUUCGAUUCUCUGGGUCAAGUGAAAAUGAUCAUGGCGACAAAUCGACCUGACACUUUAGAUCCCGCUCUCCUACGACCUGGAAGACUCGAUCGAAAAAUAGAAAUCCCACUGCCCAAUGAACAAGCUAGACUGGAAAUUUUGAAAAUUCAUGCUUGUCCUAUCGCUAAACAUGGAGAUAUCGAUUAUGAAGCUGUGGUAAAGUUGUCGGACGGUUUCAAUGGCGCGGAUCUAAGAAACGUUUGUACAGAAGCAGGUUUAUUUGCGAUUCGUCUUGAACGAGAAUAUGUGGUGCAGGAAGAUUUUAUGAAAGCAGUGAGAAAAGUUUCCGAUAAUAAAAAACUCGAAUCGAAAUUGGACUAUAAGCCAGUGUGAAAUCAUUAAAAUUUUCAUUGUUUCAUUAUACAAAAAAAAAUCAGAAAAAUAUAUAUAAAUUAAAAAAAAAUUAAUUUCUCCUGUAAUUGCGAUAAAUUAACUUUACAAUAAUUUUAUAAAUACAAUUGUAAGUAAAUAAUAACAAAAAGGCUUAUACAAUUAUACACGUUUAAUUUAUAAACUUUAUAAACAGUCUUUAUGGAAAA